CAGUGGGCAGAGAGACUGUGUAGAUAUUCGUCUGUUGACGCUGACAUUGUUGUCCGUAGCUACCUUAAACAAUACACGACUUCAGGAUCUUUACAGAUAUAAUGAGAUCACUAUGUCUGACUUCAUCGCUGUGUCAGCCAUCAAGAACUACCUGACCGAGUGCCCAAUCUGCAAUGAACAGUUUGAUGAGGCCUCCCAUCUCCCCCUCCGAAUGCCUUGCUGUGUACAAUGUAUAUGUCAUGACUGUCUCCAGAAGAUCUACAAGGAAACAGACAAGACGUUGCUUUGUCCAAUCAGUCGCCACAAUCAUCAUCUUCCUAAUGGAGUCGAGUCUCUUCCAAGCGAACCCCUCAUUCUGAAAAUCCUUGACGAUCUGAAGAUCCACAAAGGUCUCCGCUUGCCAUGUACAGAUUGUCCGGACAACAACGAGGCUGUGGCCAGAUGUGAUGACUGCUGUGUCUUCAUGUGCACAGAGUGUAAAACAUCACAUGGCCGACAUAGAUUAUCUAGACACCACUCGACAGUUACCUUUGAGGAGAUGAAAGGCCGACCUGUCCAGAGCUUUCGUCGUUUACAUCAGUGUAGUCAGCAUCAACAGCCACAGCAAUUUUACUGCUACACUUGUGACAAGAUCAUAUGCGUGUCUUGCACUGUGCUAGACCACGAAAAAGGAAAGGGACACAACGUUGUAUCUGUAGCUGAGGCACACCAGGAUAAGGCACAGUCUACUGAUGACACUUUGGCCAGACUCGAAGUGAAGACAAAGAAACUAUCUGAAACAGAAACGGAACUGACGAAAAGAUUACAAACCAUCAUGGUAUCAACAGAAGCUGCUAAGCAGGACAUCAAUCAGACUUUUGACAACCUGAUUGAUAACAUACAGGAACGAAGAGCCAUUCUGUUGUCAGAUGUUGAGCAGAAAUCCACCAAAUCACGUAAACUAACAGAAGAGGCCCAGGAGUCAACCCGAACAUUGCUGACUAAACUGAAGUCUUCCACUGAAUAUACAAAACAGAUGAGGGGGAAAGCUGACCAGAUAGAGGAUCUACAACUGAUGUUGUCUUCUGCCGGCUCCUUGAACACCUUGUUGGAAGAGUCCCCAAAGGAAGUUGCGUUCUUCAGAACAGGAGUCAGUUGUGUCCCUGGCAACUUAGAUCAUCUAGUCACUACUAUCAAGUCGACAGGAUUAGUCAGGUCUAUUACAUUCUCCCCGUCUAGGAGGCCAAACAGUUUACCAGAAAUUGACACCUACAACACUAUCACUCUGGAACCAACAGAGGUACCUGAAGUACCCAAUGUUCACAAGAGAAUUUCUGGACAUGAAGAACAGGUUACAUGUCCGACCCUGGAGUGGGACUCCAACACAGCCAGCGAUGAAGUCACUAUAUCCGGAUCUGUAAUCACUAACACCAGGCCAGAUCCUCCUCAACCAGACACCGGGUGUCGUAUACAAUCAGGGCGACAUGCCAUGGCUUCACGGCCUCUGGUCAUCAGGCGCGGUCAGCGUGACAUGUUUCAUGUGAAGGCGCGAUACACAGUGAAACAUGUGAAAGAAGAGAAUAAGAUGGUAUUUGAGUUGGCGCUGACCUCUUCACCUGCAGAUGCCCCAUGCUGUCAAUGCACUGGACUGAGUGUACAUGUUGUAACAUGCACCAAGCACAAGCAGCACCUGUGUCUCCGGGUGAUGUACAAUACCAAACCCCUCACUGACAUCCCGCUCUGCAAGAACCAGAUCGGGGAGUCACAUGAUUUACACUUAUGUUUCUUCCUGGACGGUACAAAGGGGAAAAUCAACGUUGUUGAUGUUGUUGCGGUCAAAAGGAUCUGCACAGUCAAAGAUGCUGCGUUUGACAGGCCACUGUGGAUCAUGAUGUGUGCAGAUACACCUUCCAACUUGGACAUCAGAGGGGAAUUGAUAUCCGGCCACGAUAUGACUGUGUCUGACGGGUUGUCCCGACUGUUGUCAUCACUGUAUCAACCACAUACAUAACGAAUAUGUGUAAGUGCAAUCGUCAAUGCACCCUGUAUGUUGUAGCUGUCUAUGUACUUGCAUAUCCAUUUGUAUAUGACUGGGUAUCUCUUAGUUCAGCUGGUACCACACUGUAGAACCUUAAGUAGUAUCCAAAUGACAUUAAUAGUAGGUUCAGAAAAGUAAGUGUGUUAGUGUUGAUGUGAUUACGAUUCAAAUGAAUGCAGGUAGUCCUGCAGUGUUAUGAUUAUCUCGCUUGUUCCCUUGGUAUUGUUCUAUGACGUUAUUGUUCUGUCACGUUAUUGUUCUAUGAAGUUAUUGUUCUGUGAUGUUAUGGCGUCAAGCAUUUUACCCAUCACGCAUGACUAUGAAGGGUGUACAUUUAAUGUUAUGAAAACCCUCUCUCUUUUUUAA